AGGAACCAUGGUGAGCCGAUUCGAGCACCCGGCCGGCAACUAUAAGAAGAUCUUUGAGACGUGUGAGGAGCUGGUGGAGCCGCUUCCUGCCACAGUCACAGGCCGGAUUCCUCCGUUCCUGAAGGGCAGCCUCCUCCGCCUGGGGCCGGGACUCUUCGAGGUCGGAGAUGAACCCUUCUAUCACCUCUUCGACGGCCAGGCCCUCUUGCACAAGUUUGACUUCAAGAACGGUCAAGUCACCUACUUCAGGAAGUUUCUGCGGACCGAUGCAUACGUUCGAGCCAUCACAGAGAAGCGUGUGGUGAUCACCGAGUUCGGGACCUUCGCCUACCCCGACCCCUGCAAGAACAUUUUCUCCAGGUUUUUCUCGUACUUUAAAGGCGUGGAGGUGACGGACAACUGCCUGGUGAACGUCUACCCGAUCGGAGAGGAUUACUACGCCUGCACAGAGACCAACUACGUCACUAAAAUCAACACCGACACCCUGGAGACGCUGAAGAAGGUCGACUUCUGCAACUACGUGAACAUCAACGGCGUCACGGCUCACCCGCACAUCGAGAAAGACGGGACGGUGUACAACAUCGGGAACUGCAUGGGCAAAGGGGCGUCGCUGGCCUACAACAUCAUCAUGACCCCGCCCACGCAGAAAGAUAAGUCGGACCCCGUGGAGAAGUCCAAGGUGGUGGUCCAGUUUCCCAGCGCCGAGCGCUUCAAGCCCUCAUACGUGCACAGCUUCGGCAUGUCGGAGAACUACUUCGUCUUCGUGGAGACGCCGGUGAAGAUCAACCUGCUGAAGUUCCUGAGCGCCUGGAGCAUCCGCGGAUCCAACUACAUGGACUGCUUCGAGUCCAACGAGAACCAGGGAACGCUGUUCCACAUCGCCAGGAAGAACCCCGGAGAGUACAUCGAUAUGAAGUUUAAAGGCGCCGCCAUCGGCAUGUUCCACCACAUCAACACGUACGAGGACGACGGCUUCAUCGUGUUCGACCUCUGCUCGUGGAAAGGCUUCGAGUUUGUGUAUAACUACCUGUGGCUGGCCAACCUGAGGACCAACUGGGAGGAGGUGAAGAAGGCGGCCAUGAUGGCGCCGCAGCCGGAGGUGCGCCGUUACGUGAUUCCACUGGACAUCCACAAGGAGGAGCAGGGGAAGAACCUGGUGAGUCUCCCGUACACCACCGCCACCGCCACCAUGCACGCCGACGGGACGGUGUGGCUGGAGCCCGAGGUGCUGUUCUCCGGACCCCGCCAGGCUUUUGAGUUUCCUCAGAUUAACUACAAACGGUUUGGAGGGAAAAACUACACGUACGCUUACGGCCUGGGACUGAACCACUUCAUCCCAGACAGGAUCUGUAAGCUGAACGUGCGCACGAAGGAGACGUGGGUGUGGCAGGAGCCGGACUCGUACCCGUCGGAGCCGCUCUUCGUGCAGAACCCGGACAGCGCGGACGAGGACGACGGAGUGCUGCUCACCAUCAUCGCGGCCCCGGGCUCCCAGAGGCCCGGGUACCUCCUGAUCCUCAACGCCAAAGACCUGUCGGAGGUGGCGCGCGCCGAGGUGGAGUGCACCAUCCCCGUCACCUUCCACGGCAUGUACAAACCCUGA